GCCGGGAUCUUUGAGUGUCCAGAAGAUCGUCUGCCACUGGAUUACGCCAAGAUCUACCCUGACGACAAGAUGUCGGAGGAAAUCAUGUCGCUGGCUGUCAGGUGCUCCUUCUACAAAGACGGCUGUAAAUGGAUGGACAAACUCAAAAUUCUGCAGCCGCAUCUGGAGUCCUGCGCCUACAACAUGGCCGCCUGUACAGACUGCUCCGCUAUGGUUGCCAGGAACCACCUCAAAGACCACCGGCAGUUUGAUUGUCCGAAACGAAACACGACGUGCGAGUUCUGUGGUGGACAGUACCCGGGACAAAGAAUGGAGCAACACACGGGGCGGUGUCAACUCGAGGCAGUCUUCUGUGAGAAUAAAUGUGGCGCCCAGCUGCAACGUCGCUACAUCAACGCUCACAUGCUGAAUGAGUGUGCAAAGAGACAGAUCCCCUGCAAGUACUGCUCGAAGGAGUUUAUUUAUGAUACUCUGCAGAGUCACCUCCACCAGUGUCCAAGAUACCCCGUCUGUUGUCCAAACCGGUGUGACUCGGCCAAGAUCGCCAGAGAGGAGGUGGACAAACACAUGAAAGAUGCCUGCCCAUCAUCCAUGGCUAGCUGCCCAUUUGUUCAACAUGGUUGCAAACACAGGGGCCCUAGGUACACCAUGGAGAGACAUCUGAAUGACACAUCCAAAGAGCAUCUCAAUUUAGUGUGUCACGUCGUACGCCGCCAGCAGAAACAACUGCUCGACCUCCGCACCCAGCUUGACAACGUGUCGCUGAACACCGACGGCACCCUGCUGUGGAAGGUCAGCGACUACGCCGCAAGGUUCGGCAAGUCCAAGACGGAGGACGAGUAUGAGCUCCGGAGCCCGCCGUUCGCAACGAGCCGUUACGGCUACAAGCUUCAGGUGUCUGCUUUCCCCAAUGGCAACGGUUCCGGUGAGGGUACCCAUCUGUCAAUCUACAUCCGAACAAUUGGUGGCGAGAAUGACUCUCUCUUAAAAUGGCCCUUCACCUACCCGAUCACCUUCACUCUAAUCGACCAGACGGAAGACCAAUCUAAGACGGCGCACGUCAAGGAGUGCUUCACCCCUGACCCAACGUGGAAGAAUUUCCAGAAGCCAAGCAAAGAUGUGUAUACUCUAGGGUACGGAUACCCAACGUUUGUCUCGCAUAACUUCCUGAAGACCAAAAAUUACAUCAAGAACGAUACUCUUUAUAUCAAAGUUGAGGUGGACUGCUCCAAGAUCAAUACCAUAAUUUGAAAAGUUAAUAUUUGUUGGACUGAUGACUAACUCCAGAUGUCGAUGGAGAAGGUGUUUUGACUGCAUAUUGAGUUGCAAGCCUGGAAUUACACUGAGGGGCCAUGGCCUCCGUUGCCCCUGGUUUUGGCCUUGGUGCUCUCAAAGGUUUCCCAUUGGCUCUAAGAUUUUCCAAUGCAAGUGCCCUUUGUAAAAUGAAACUGGCCGUGCCCUUUUGAAGAUGAAACUCUGGGCCUGGAGUUGCCGAUGGACUUCCAUCCAACAUACCUCACAGCUGUUUUGUUAUUGGAGCUGGACCUGUCUCAUUAAAUGAUAUGUUAACUCGUAAUUAAUCACACACAGAUUUUUGACGUUUAUUCUGUAUUGUUAACACCUUAUUGGUAGGAACUGAGAUCAAUAUGUGGCACUGAGAUUUGGUUUUGCUUAAGGAAAAUGCAUUUCAAGGGUACAAAUUAAAUAUUGGCUUGUGUAGAGAUGUAAUUGCUCUAUCGUUUUGUGAGAGCAGUAAAUACAGAAAUUUGUACUUGCUUUGUGAGUUGAGAAUGCGUUCGUUGUACCCUGACCUCAAAGAAAACCAUAAACAUUACAACUGGUCACAAGAGGGGGCUGUUUAAAUAGUCUGGUAGGAAAUCAGAGCCCAAUUUCAUAGAGCUGUUUAAAUACAAAAGGUAGCUAAGCACAGAAAAAUUAUGCUUACCAGAAU